GGCGCCGCCGCGGGGGGAGAGGCUGGCUAAGGUGUCUGAGGCUUGGUGUGUAUGGAGAGCCGCCGGCAUGUCUGCUGAGCUGGGUGUCGGGCUGGCGCUGAGGGCGGUGAAGGAGCGGGUGCAGCAGGCGGUGGCGCGGCGGCCCCGGGUGAGAGAUCUCCCAGCCAUUCAACCCCGGCUAGUAGCUGUGAGCAAAACCAAACCUGCUGACAUGGUGAUUGAGGCAUAUGCUUAUGGACAGCGCAGCUUUGGAGAGAACUAUGUUCAAGAGCUGUUAGAAAAAGCAUCAAAUACUAAAAUUCUGUCUUCUUGUCCUGAGAUAAAAUGGCAUUUCAUUGGCCACCUGCAAAAACACAACGUGAACAAAUUGAUUGCUGUCCCCAACCUUUACAUGCUGGAAACUGUGGACUCUGUGAAGUUGGCAGACAAAGUAAACAAUUCCUGGCAGAAGAAAGGCUCUCCAGAGAGAUUAAAAGUCAUGGUGCAGAUUAACACCAGUGGGGAAGAGAGUAAACACGGGCUCCCGCCUUCAGAAACAGUAGCCACGGUAGAACACAUCAAAGCCAAGUGUCCCAGCCUGGAGUUUGUGGGUCUGAUGACCAUCGGGAGUUUUGGACAUGACCUCAAUCAAGGGCCCAAUCCAGACUUCCAGGCGCUCUUGUCCUUGCGGAAGGAGCUGUGUGAGAAGCUCAGCAUUCCCAUUGACCAAGUGGAACUGAGUAUGGGCAUGUCCAUGGAUUUCCAGCAUGCGAUUGAAGUGGGGUCCACAAACGUCCGCAUAGGAAGUACAAUUUUUGGAGAACGGGAUUACUCAAAGAAACCAGCAGUGGACAAGGCCACGACGAGCAUCAAGGCCACAGUGGAGGUUGCCCAAGAGCACUGAACCAAGAAAGAAACAAGCGGUGAGCCUCCGCUUCUCAAGAGCGCUGGUGUGGAAGACUUUAACUAUGCACUAACCCACAUUUUAAUUUUCUUAUCCCAGGCUGUUGCACAUCAGUGCUUUUGUUAAAACCCGAGCCAUAGAGCUCUGCUAAUUAUUGUGUUGGUGGAAUUUAUAUUUACUUUGCGCCUUUGACACCAUAGGUUCAUUUAGAUCAUUGACAGGAUUGUGGUGGAACUGGAGAAUCAAGGGAUUCCAGCAGGAGCGGUACCAAAUCAGAACCGACCCUUGAUCCUACCCCGGAGUACUGACUAAUCAUGAAUGCCUUUUUCAAGUUGAAAUGUGUUCACCAAAGCCUAUACUUACUGCCCUCAGAGGUUUUUUCAGUUCCUCCUGUGUUCACUGGGGUCUCAUCCACUUGUAAUGGAGAUGAGACCCUCCUGAGAAAGAAAUAGGGUCGGUCCCUCUCCUCUUCUCUCCCCCUUCAUCAUAAUGCCCAAAGAUGAAGAUCAGUUUCUCUAUUGACGAAUAGCUGAAACAGGCAAUUUCAUGUUUUAUGUUGUGUUCUAGGCCCAAAAGGCUGCUGAGGAGUAAUCCCUCUGUCUGAUUGGCCUUUCUAUCAUUUGGGCCCUGGAAGUAAGAUUUGUGCUUAGCUUCAUCUCACUUUCUGCUCUUCUAGGGAAGGGAACCCUCCCUCAGUCAGGUGACAACAUCAACUUUUUAGCAUGUAGUCUGCUUCCUUGUUUUUGACGGUGAGGUUUAAUAAUGAAUAAGUGGUUUUCCAGGAACGGAUAGAGCCCUUCCAAUCUAGAUCAGGUCAGUGGCUUCAUAUAGGGCUGACUUUGAGGGCUCCUCAUCACAGGGUGUUCCAGCAGCCAAGUUUAUACUUGCUCUAUCAUAUUUUUAUGUAACAAAUUUUGUAAAUUUUCCUGUAUGCUAGCAAAGUAGCAAGGCUUUCAUGAGCAUGAAAAUGGCCACAAUGCAUUAUUGCAAAUUCAUGAAAAAAGAUUUUGAUAUGUAUGUUGAGAAUUUCCCCCCAUUAAUUAGCUUUUUUCUUAAUUUAUUCAAUCCCUGGAUCUAAUUUUAUGGAUUAACCUUGAGAAUAUCAUGUGAAUGUAAUUUUUAAAUUCUUAAGCUGAUAUGAUUUCUGUACUUUUAAAGCUCUACAGUGUGAUGGUUCAUAGUUUAUUAAAUAAAAAUGUGAGUUUGAAUUAUGCCAUCUGUGCCAAUUACAAAGCAAUUAAAAGAUUAUUUUUUUUAUA